AUGCCUCUGCCUGAUCCUAGAAACAAGUACAAGCCCUGCCGCGGUGUCAAACUGGAAAACCGCCAGUGGCCAAACAACACAAUUACAAAGGCGCCCCGCUGGCUGUCCACCGACUUGCGAGAUGGCAACCAGAGUCUGCCUGAUCCCAUGAACACCGACGAGAAGAAGGCCUACUUCCACAAACUUGUGGAUAUCGGCUAUAAGGAAAUUGAAGUUGCUUUUCCGUCUGCCUCUCAAAUUGACUUUGACUUUACUCGCUAUGCUGUGGAAAACGCCCCUGCCGAUGUUGCAAUUCAGUGCCUCACUCCCUGCCGCGAGGAGCUGAUCCGCCGCACCGUUGAUUCGCUGAAAGGUGCAAAACGUGCGAUUGUACACCUUUACCUGGCAACGUCACCGCUGUUCCGUGACGUUGUUUUCAACAUGGACGAAGAGGCUUGCAUGCAGCUGGCUGUGCGUUCUACCAAGCUUGUUCGUGAGCUCACAAAGGACAAUAAGGAUGCCAAAGACACCUAUUGGCAGUUCGAGUUCUCUCCCGAGACAUUCAGCGAUACUCCGAUCGAGUUUGCUUUGAAAAUCUGCGAAGCCGUCAAGAAGGUCUGGGAACCCUCCACCGAAAACCCGAUUAUCUUCAACCUUCCUGCUACCGUCGAGAUGGGUACUCCUAAUAUUUACGCCGACCAGAUUGAGUGGUUCCUGAAGAAUGUGACUGAGCGUGAGAAGAUCUGCCUGUCUCUACACACUCACAACGACCGUGGCUGCGGUGUUGCUGCCACAGAGCUGGGUCUGCUUGCUGGUGCGGACCGAGUCGAAGGCUGUCUUUUUGGUAACGGCGAACGUACCGGUAAUGUUGAUCUAGUCACACUCGGUCUCAAUUUGUACACACAGGGUAUCGACCCUGGCGUUGACUUUAGCGAUAUGGAUUCCCUCGUUGAUCUUACGGAAAAGUACAACAAGAUCCCCGUUCAUCCCCGUGCUCCUUAUGGCGGUUCGCUGGUUGUCUGCGCAUUCUCUGGAUCACAUCAGGAUGCCAUCAAAAAGGGAUUCGCUCGCCGGAGUGCCGGCAUCGAGCGCGAUGGUGGAAACGGCAACAACCUGCAUUGGCAGAUUCCUUACCUGCCUCUUGAUCCCAGCGACAUUGGCCGUACCUAUGAGGCAGUCAUUCGUGUCAACUCUCAAAGUGGCAAGGGCGGCGCUGCCUGGAUUAUUCUUCGUCACCUGGAGCUGGAUCUUCCUCGUGGCUUGCAGGUUGCCUUUUCCAAGAUCGUACAGACCGAAGCCGAGUUCAAGGGUCGCGAGCUCAAGAGUGAAGAGCUUAUCGCUCUGUUUGAGAAGCACUACUUCCUCGGCGAGGAUAGCAAGCACGCCUACGACCUCGAGGACUACAAUGUCACUGCUGAUGGCAAGGCGACCCGUCUAUUUAAGGGUACCAUGACGGUCGGCGGCAAAACUGUCGAACUCCAGGGUACGGGCAACGGUCCCAUCUCUUCGUUCCUGAAUGCAGCUGAGACGCAGUUUAAUUAUCCCAUGGAGGUCCAGUCGUACAAGGAGCACUCUCUUGGUAAAGGUUCCAAAGUCAAGGCCGUCUGUUACCUCGAGAUUGCAUCCAAAAAGAACGGCAAGGAUAUCAUUGAGUGGGGCGUCGGUAUUCACGAGGAUGUUUCCCAGGCCUCUAUGCGGGCAGCGGUAUCAGUUCUGAAUCGUCUGGCUUCUGACGAUUAA